AUGGCCAUCUCGCCCACUGUCGUUUGCUUUAUUUGGUUCGCCAGCCAUCCUGCACAGAAACUUGACAGCAUUAGAGGACUUGGAAGGGGCAACAUAAAUGUAAGGGCCCCCACAUCUCUGGGCCUGCGCUUAAGCGAAGGCAGAGGAGGACAGCCUUCACGCUGUCCGAGGAUAAAAAGGUGGCGGGAUGGGCGGGAGCUCUCAGGAACAGCUGAGGUCCCCAUACAGCUACAGGGCAGCGGAGAACCAUUCACUGGCUCUCAGCGCUGUCUGGGCACACACGGACGACAGGGUCUCGCGUCCCGGCACAGGCAGACUGUUGCGAACCAGAAGCUGCGGAAGAAAGCGGCGAAGGCAGCUUCCUCCAGAAACUCCCUUCACUUUUCGCGCUUCCUUUCCUGUCUCUCCAGAGGAAUUCUUUAUCAAAGAAAGAAAGAAAGAAAGAAACUUUUUGCUUCUGGAACCAGGAAUAGAGAAAUCUUUGCAGAAAUGUCAACAAGAGACUUUUUCAACGAGAGCCAGGCGAUUGAGUGCUUUCAAAGGAGGUUCAGUGCUUGGACACCAAUUAUCAACAAAUCAUUAAAUAAACAGCUCUUUCAGGAAAGAGUUAGUCUUAUAACUCAUUGGUUUGAUCUGUGGACUGACAAGCAACGUAAAGAGUUUCUACUUGCAAUAUUGCAAAAUUGCAGUCACUCACAACUAAAGUUUGUCAAAGACUGGUUUUCUGAGAAGAUUCCAGUGGUCAAAGUGGAUUUCUGUACAGUGUUGCCGCGUUUCAUUUCUCUGUACAUUUUCUCCUUCCUGAAUCCCAUGGAUUUGUGUGCAGCUGCACAAGUUAACUGGCCUUGGAAGUUUUUAACUGAACAGGAUUGCUUGUGGAGGCCAAAGUGCAUUAGGUUUGGAUGGUUUCUGCCUUACGAUCCCCCAGAAAAUGAGUAUGGUGCUUGGAAGCGUCAUUACAUUGCCUGUGUUGCCACCUUGGAUUGGCUGACCCCAAGGGAAGCUUCUGCUAUCUACGGGACCCUCAAUGAACCCAAAUCAGAAAAUGAGGAACAAGAAGAAAGGCAAAGAGAAAGACGCCUAAGAAAAAUUAUUUGGGGAAGACUAGCACUCCGUAAGAGAGAGUUAUUCAAAGUUCGACCCCCUUGGAUGAGUGGAACAUGUUGCUCUACAGUGUUAAAAUCCAGAUGCCAGCCACAACUCCCACAGGUUAUAAAGGAUCGCAUAGGAUUGAGUGCAGCUUUGGAGAAACAGCUUGUUUUAGCAUCUUUAGAAGCCUUACCUAAAAAAAAGAAUGUGUCUGGAAGUCAUUCUUAUCCUCUGUUUUCAAAUAAACAUUACCACAGAGUUGAUCAGAAGUAUGGCAGCUUUUCACAUUCAGUCCAGACUUCUCUAGUGUUGAUAUCAUCUCGGAUUCCUGCAUAUGAGAUGAUUGUGGACAGUGUUAAGACUAGUGUCAUUCCUCUGGUGUAUGAAUACACUGGCUUGACUUUGGAAAGUCUACUGCUGCUUGUAGAAAAAGUUCUUGAUGGUCGGAAUGUACAGAGUAUUGGGAUAUUUAGUGAUGGAGAUUCCAGAGAAAUCAAUUUACUACAAGGCUAUACAAUUGGGGUUGAAAAUGUGCUGACCCCUGAGGUGCGAGACUUUUGGGAGAAACUUGCAAGUUGUGUGGCUACUCAGGAAGAAGGCGGUCAUGUUGAUAUCUUUGUCCCUCUGGCAGCAUCAGAGGCAGGCACUGAAGUCCUUUCCCAGCUGUCUCAGUUGACUGGAACAAUGUUUAGCUCCCCCACAGGGAUAGCAACUGGAUCCUACCAACACAUUCUUAGUGAUUGGCUGGGACAGAAGCAAGGAACUUCCCCACCUUCCAUUUACUUCUGUGACCACAAGCUCCAGACAUGGCACAGCUUCACGGAAUUCCUGGAAGAGACCCUGAAAUCAGUCCGGAAACAGCUGAAGCCUCAUUUUGAGGAGCUGCAGAAGAACAUCAGCGGCAAGAUUCUUGGGCGGUUUAUGUUUGAUUCUCUGAGCCUUGCUAAUGUUCUGGCCAAUCAAGAAACAGCUCAGGUCCUAGCUGACGGAUUGAUUGAGCUGUCAAAGGAGAAAUCAGAAAAUCCACUAGAAUAUCUGUCAUAUUUUCUGCUGAAGAAAUCUAGCAAAAAGAACAAAGAAUUUGAUGGAAAUUUUAUCUCGACAAAAUGUGAUACAACAACUCUCAGUUUAUUAACAAAGGAAAGAAAUAUGAAAAAAAAUCAUUCUCAGGACAAAAAGACUAGUGAAGAUGAUUUAAAACUCGAGGUGCUCAUUAAUUUGGAAAGGAAGCUCCAGAUGGAUUUUGCAGAAAAGAGGACUAGAAUUGCUGGAGAGCUCUUGAAAAGCGAGAGAAAGUAUGUACAGAUGUUGGAAAUUGUGAGAGAUGUUUAUGUCACUCCACUGAAAGCAGCCCUGGCAUCAAACAGAGCCAUCCUAAGUUCCAUGGACGUCCAGAUCAUCUUCUCUGAUAUACUGUGUGUCUUAGAUCUCAACAGGCAUUUUCUGGGAGAACUGACAGAGAGACUGCAAGAAUGGGGUCCAGCACAAUGCCUGGGAGAAAUAUUCACCAAGUUUGGACUUCAGUUGAAAACAUAUACUAACUUCUUCAACAACUACCCCAUUGUUCUGAAAACAAUUGAAAAGUGUAGAGAAAUGAUUCCAUCCUUUCGGGCAUUUUUGAAGAGGCAGGACAAGACCAUUGUUACAAGAAUGAUGAGCCUGCAGGAGCUGCUCUUGUACCCACCAAGGAGAUUUGAGGAAUACAUUAACCUUCUCUAUGGUCUGAGGCUUCACACACCUUCAGAGCACGUGGACCGUGAAGAUCUGACUACUGCAAUCAAGCAAAUGAAAAGAUACAUAGCUUACAUAAAUCAGUUGAAGCAAAACGUCAACAGGAAAGAUCAGUUGUCAGACAUAGAAAGGAGCGUCUGUGGGUGCCCUACUCUCUCAGAAGGCACCAGAUUCCUAAUUAGAGUACAAGAUGUGACCCAGCUUCGCUGCUGCAAUAAGAAAGUCAGCUUCUCAUUGAGGCUCUAUGAACACAUCCAUGACCUCAGCCUCUUCCUCUUCAGUGACUCACUUCUUGUUUCUCGUCGGACUGUAGCUCACACCCCAUUUGAAAGGACUACUCAGACAACAUAUCAGUUUCUAGCACUGGUAGCCCUCCACCAGCUGCUAAUAGAAGACAUCUCAGACUCCAAAUAUAUCAAGAAUGCAUUUGUUCUACAAGGCCCAAAAUGUCAAUGGAUUUGUUCAACAGCAAAUGAGGAUAAAUUGGUAUGGUUAUCAGUGUUGCAGAGUGCAAUCAAAAGUAGUAUUGAGAAGUAUGACUAGACAAUGACAACGCCAAAGGAACUCAUUAGUUGUUCGGAAGGAUCCAGGCUAAAUGUCUGAGUGCUGGUAUUAAAAGGACUCUCUCAUUGGAUGGAAGGUUAACUAGGAUGGCACUUUCCAACUCUAAAUGCUAUGAUUCUGUUAUCUAUGCUCAAACAUUUAUUAUAAUUAACAGAAACAAUUAAGCUCAACAUUUUGGACCCCUUCCUCUGGUAACUGAUUUUAAUGUCCACUGUUAAACUUGUAAUGAUUUAAACAAACUGAUUCAAGGAAGACAGUAAAUUUGCAUCCUGGGCUCUAAUGAAUAACAAAACCAGGAGAAAUUAUUGCACGUGAGCACGAGUGUACACACAUGAAAAAAAGUGAAUCUGAAGUCAAAAGACCUGGAUGUUAGACUUAGCUCUUCCACUUACUACUUAUGUCAGGGCUCGUAAAAUUCAGUUGUAAAAUUAGGGACACUGGACUAGGUCAUCUCUAAAGUCUCUUCUAGUUUUAAUAUUCUAUGAUUUUUAAAAAAUGAUCAAUCUUUAAGAUCUUCAUAUUUGUCACGCAUAUCCCACCUUAAAUUUUCUUCAAGCUAACACAUUAAGAAUAUUCAGAGGUCUGGUCAUGGAAACAAUUUAUUUCUUGAAGAACUUGGAAUGUUUUCUUAAUGUUAAUACAGUCCUAAAUUUAGAUCUCACAAGAAUUUGGUAUAUAACACAUUACCUUAAAAGGCUGGAGUUCAGAGAGGCUACAUGGCAAAGGGGUUACACGAACAGCCUUUUGAGACAGAAAGCCCACCCUGGGUCAAUCAUUUAACCUGGGAUGGGAAACCUUCGGCCUUGAGGUUACAUGUGGCCCUGUAGGCCUUUUGACUGAGACUAGGUUUUACAGAACAAAUCCUUUUAUUAAGGGGAUUUGUUCCAUAAGACCUGGACUGAAGGGGCCGCAACCAAGGACCUAGAAGCCACACAUGGCCUCAAGGCUGCAGGUUCCUCACCCCUUAUAACCUAUCUUGUGUUAGUAAAAGAGAUGUUGUCACUGGGAGCUCCCUAGAAAGAAGAAAUCAUAGAUCUGGGCUGGGGGAGAAAAGGUGGGAGAUUUCCAAAAAAACGUUUAAAUGUAUUUCAGAAAUUUUAUUUUCAUUACACAGUUCAGCCUGGAAGAUCUCCCUCCUGCCUUUUUAUUUCACUGAAAAACCUAAAAAAUGACUAAAUAAGAAAUCUAGCCAAAUGCGACUAUAUUAACAUUUGUUUGAUAACAGAAAAUUAGGAUGACAGUCUUUGAAACAAGAUUAUAGACUUACUGCUUAACUAAGCAGUGAUCUACAUUUUUGUAGUAUUCUGACUAAACUACCUUAAGAAAUUUUUAAAGUUCUUCUGGGAUAGCCACUUAGAAAUUGAUAGAAUAAGAUGUAGUACCUUCACCUAGUCAACAUUAAUUAAAUAUAACACAUUUCUAAGGGCUACCUUCAUUACCUUUUUGCUUCCUAAGGCAGUAGUAGUGCGUAGACAGACUGAACUGAUACAGAAGAUUGGAAACCUAACUAAUGGUUUUCUGCUAACUGGCAGAAAAUUAAAAUUAGUGUCAUUUCAUGAUGCAGAAAACUAUCACUUACACAGGUAUUACGUAAGUCCUAGUUAAGAAAGGAACAAAAAUGAAAAUAUUGUGCUGUUUUAUUGGUGUAAAAAUCACACAAUUGCUAGUUCUGAUUCUGCUGAGAUACACCCAUGCAGUUUGACAUCUAUGAUCCCACAGCCAGAAUAAGCCAUUAAAUAGAUUAUCUGCUGUUAGUCAGCAAUUAAAGCAAAUUUACAUGAGAUCAAAAGGCAUGUAUCAUACAAUAUACAACAAAUCCUAAUACAGUACAUCAACCUGAAUAGUAGGAUACACUCAGGGAACUCUGUUAAUGGUAUAAAGCCUGUCUAUAUGCCCAAAGAAUAAGGCUAGUGACAAGAUGACAGACAGUAACCCAGAAAUCCUAAGUACUUUUUGUUGGAAUCAAAGUCCACAGAGGUAUUGACACACAAUAUAUGACAAUCUGUUACAGUCAAGACUGGUGAAUGUGAAUUAUUAAAAGAUAAGUGUGUAGAACAUGCAGACAGAAGUGAUGGUUGGGAGAAAUUUAAUCUCUAUAUUAGGGAUAAAAUUCUGCCCCCUCCUCUUUUUUUUUUUUCUGCA